ACAGGGAAAAUAGAGAGGAUGGAUGUGAACAAGAAAGAGGAAGAAAAAGUGGAAGAGGAAUACGAAGACAGUGACGACGACAUGUGCGUAGGACAAAUUGAGGAAUGUGAAGACAUCCCUAAACUUAAUAGCUUGGCUGGUUUUGGUGUUGAUCAACACAAUAAGAAAGAGAAUGCAAAUCUGAAGUUUGUGGAAGCAAUAAAUGGAACAGGGCAGUGGAUUGGCGCAGGAAUGUCAUAUCACAUUACAUUUAAGGCUAAGGAUGAAGAGAAGGGGAAUAUGUAUGAAACAGAGGUUUGGGAGCAACCAUGGUCGAACUACAUGGAACUAUGUGAGUUCAAGCUCGUGGGUGAUGCUUCUUCUGUUGGUUGCUAG